UAAAGAGUUUGAGAGAUACGCGACGAAGCGAAGAGUUUUUGUGAUAUCUCUCAAAACUCAAAAAGAAAAGAAAAGAAAAGAUAGAUAGAGAGAUACCCUACAAAGGCCAUAACACAGAAUCUUCUAGCUUUCUUCUUCCUUCCUUCAAUCAAUCUUCUCUCUCUCUAUAUCAAAAAGAUUCCCCACCCAAACAUGCUUCUCUUUCUAUAUAAUCGCUUCACAUAGAUCUCAUCUCAGAGAGUUGCUUUGAGAUCAUGACGACGAGCUAGUUCUUGAAAAGUUUGAGUUUUUUUUCUCUUUCAUCGAGAAAUUGAAAAAAAUAAAAAUGGGUUCUUUAGGCGAUGAGCUGAGUUUGGGAUCGAUCUGUGGUUCUCAGAGAGGAGUUUCGAAGAUCAUUAUGAAUGUUGAGAAGCUUGAAGAAGAGAAGAGAAAGAUCGAAAGCUCUCAACUUGAGCUUCCUCUGUCUCUGCAGAUUUUAAACGAUGCGAUUUUGUAUCUCAAGGAGGAGAAUAAGAGAUGUUCAGAGAUGGAUACUCAACCAUUGUUGAAAGAUUUCAUUUCUCUUGAUAAGCCUAUUCGAGAAGAGAUUGAUGAUAUGCAAUUGUUGAAGAGGGAUGAGCUAACGAGGGAGAAGAAGUUUCAGCAAUGGAGAGCUAAUGAUGAUCACAUCUCAAACACUAAGAUCAAGAACAAGCUAGCGAUUCAGAGAAAUGGGGAGAAAUCUUCUAUGUUGUUGAUUCCAAAAGUAGAAACUGGUUUAGGCCUCGGUUUAACUACGAGUUCGAUGAGAAGAAAAGGCGUUGUUGCCUCUUGUGGCUUUAGUUCUUCUGACUCUAUGUCACAACCACAGCCAUUACCACCACCACAACAACCAGCAUUUCUUCAGCAGCAAGCUUUGCGGAAGCAAAGAAGGUGUUGGACUCCUGAGUUGCAUCGCCGUUUUGUUGAUGCCUUGCAACAGCUCGGUGGACCUGGAGUGGCAACUCCUAAACAAAUUAGAGAGCAUAUGCAAGAAGAAGGCUUAACCAAUGAUGAAGUGAAGAGUCACUUACAGAAAUACCGGCUACACAUCAGGAAGCCGAAUUCGAAUGCGGAGAAACAAUCAGCAGUUGUUCUAGGAUUUAACUUGUGGAAUUCAUCAUCACAAGAGGAGGAAGAAACAGGUGAAGGAGGAGGAGAGUCAUUAAAGAUAAUCAAUUCGCAAUCGGAUUCUCCUCAAGGUCCUCUGCAGUUGCCUUCUACAACAACUACAACAGGAGGAGAUAGUAGCAUGGAAGAUGUAGAAGAUGCUAAAUCCGAGAGCUAUCAGGUGGAGAGACUGAGAUCACCAUAAAUCUCAUUCCUUUUGACAAAAGAAACCAAACUCUUGAUCCCGGUUUUGUUAUUUUGGGUUCAUCACUUCUUCUAUUAGUAGUGAAUGAGAACAAUAAUUAUAGAAAGGUUUAUAGAUAUAUAUAUAGAGAGAGAAGAGAAAAAAGAACAAAGAGAGAGCAAUAUAGAGUGAGUGAGGAUGGUUUUUACAUUAUUAUUAGCUUAUUUUGUGUACGGCUUUUUUUGGUUGGGGUUUUGAAUGAGGCAAUUAUCCAAAGUAAUAAUAUUUAUGUUUGAUUCAUCA